AUGGACCUGUCCAAGGAACAGGUCUACAAUAUCACCCAAUGUGAGGAAGCUGCUGCUACAGUAAGCAGUCCACUGUAUUUAAUUCCGUCCAUCUUCCACACGCUGGCCACUGCCGGAACAUACUACAUGUUGUGGAAAAUUUGCUGCAGUUACACAUCCUGGCGUGCCUACCAUGUUAAUACGAAGGUUCUGAUGUUUGUUCAUAUGGGAUCCAUUGUUCUCUUCUCCACAGCCACCUUGAUCAACUACAUGUCUCUCUUCCUCAAUGCAAUAAUGGCGAAAGAAGACUGUGACUAUCUUUACCAAACCUCGAGUUGCUCAUUCCUCCGUCGCAUCUUCUUCUUCAGCAAUCUAUUGGGCUCUUUCAUGCGGAUUUCCAUAAUGGGAGAACGAGCAUACGCCAUUUAUCAAUUUGGCACCUAUGAGCAUAUGCAAUCGAAAUUUGGAUACUAUGUUUCCUCUACUUUUGCUGUGCUUUCACUAGUUAUUGUCUCCUGGGUUACAUGGAUGGAGGACAGUUCUGAGCUUCUCACAAAUUGCUACGCUUUCUCGUCAUGCCCAUCUAUCAGACACCGAGUUUAUGAAAUGUUCCGCUUUCAGUUAUUGCUGGAGUUUGUGACAUUAGGCAUAUGUCUAUAUGUCUGUAAGUGUAACCGGACUAUUCGUAAACGUUACGAAUGUAUAGACGGUAGCAGUGAAUUGAGCGUGAAUCAUAAUGACAAUGGCUGGUUAUCUCCUAGAUACACAACACAUGAAUCUAGAAAAAUACUUGGGAACCUCUUUCCAAUAAUUAUCUGCUCUAGCGUCAUUAUGUCUGUCUACAUAUGCUUCAGUCACCUGGGACAUCUUCUUCUCCCAAUAAUGACGCUUGCACAUUACAAACAAUUGGCUUCUUGGAUCUUUCUGAUUCCCUACAACGCCUUCUUUUCCAUGUUUCUUUACGAUUUUGUGUUUCAAUGCGACCGAGCUCAAAAACUGGUCAGACUGGAAAAUGCAAUGAAAGAAAAGUUUCCGACUGAAAGGUUCCAAGAUAUUAUCUCGAAGUUCUGGGACAACCACUAUGAUAAGACGUAUCCGGAUCGAGCUUCUUCUCGUUCCGGUCAAAGCACACUAAGAUCUCCGAGAUACCAAACCACCAAACUUUAA